AUGUAACCAUAUUUCUUACCAGGUGACCAAUAGUUUGCAUUUCAAUUAGACUCUGAUAUCCAAAGUAAAGAAUUUAGAGAUUUCUUAAAGAAUACAUGCCAUAUUAAAAUUACAAUGAAUUAACCUAUUUAUCCUAGUUCUCUUAUCCUUCCCAAUUCCCUGGAUACUCUGUAGAUUGUUUUCCAGAUAAUGAAGCAAUACAUUAACAAAAAUAAAAAAAAAGUAAAAAGAUUAAGUAAGCAUUAAUCCACUAUUUUAAGAAAUAAUGAUUCUAUAGGAUUACUUCCAAAAACUCUAGAAUUCACAAAAUAAGUGAUUGAAGAGCCUACUCAUUCUCAAAUUUAAAAAGAUUAAAUGUAUUUACUCUUUAUUUAUAUAUAGUCAAAAAUAAAUCACUCCUUAUUCGAUUUUCCAUUGUAUUUAAGGAGCUCCUAUUCCAAAAUUACAAUCAGAUAUUAUAUCAAAUUAAGAAGCUUAAGGAUCAUAAGAAGGAUCUCAAUAAACUUAAAAAUAAAAAGUAUAACAUCAACAAACUAAGAAACCAAAAAAAGAACACAUUAACACUGGACAUUGGUCAACUGAAGAACAUACAACUUACAUAGGCUUUCUUUAAUAAUAUGAAAGUAUUAUGACUUCUUCUAUGAUGAAAAAAACUUCAAAAAUUUUCAAAUAAAUGAGUGAACUCAUUGGAACAAGAACUCCUAGUCAAUGUAGAAGUCACCAUUAAAAAUUUAAUCCUUAUGCUUUAAGAGGUGAAAAUGGUAAAAGAUUACCUCGUACUGAAAGAAGUAGAGCUGGUAGAAAAAAGAAGAAUCCAUCAUGUGAUAUUCCUAAAGCAGGUUUAAAAUUUCUAUUAAUAUAAUAGUUGAUCUCAAUAUUUAAUAGAAUCAUAUUGAUUAAGAAUAAUUAAUGAUUAUGUAUGAUAAACAUUUGAUUCAUCAUAUACCUUAUGAAUAAUGGAAUCCAUAUUAUGAUAUCCACUCAAAUAUUAAAAAAGAAGAAGAUUAAGAUCAUGAAUUAUAACAUAGUUAACAAAUUCAAUCAUUACUUCAUAAUUAAUUAGAAUACGAAGAUUUCGUUAGACUUAAUUAUCAAAAACACUAAAUUAAUAUCGAUUUUAUUGAAGGACAUAAUUUUAUUCAAAAUGAAUAUUGA